AUGGCAUACAGUUAUCUUUUAGAUAAAAGCUUGCUGGUUCUAUUAUUUAGAUUAUUACUGCAACUGCAAUUAUUAUCGCCUAAAGCACUUACAAGGUCAAUACGUACAGCAUUACUCAUCGUCAUUAGCGGAUGGCUCAUUUGUGUACUUCUACAUUUGGCUAUUGAUCCUGGACAACCAGGAAUUAUUAUUGACUUUAUCGAUAAUCAACAGAUACCCAGUACCUUCAGAUUGCUGAUGCUCGACUUUGUUGUCUUGUUACUUCAAACUGUUCGAGCAUUAGUUACCUCAAGUCUAUCAUCUCAGUUACUACUCCAUGGAACAGUUCUGACAACCUUACCUGUUCCACCAGCAAUAGCAACAGCCUUUGGAGCAGACACCGUCACAGUCAUGCUACCGUCUCGAGAUAGAAGAUUAGGUGAUGGUUCUGAUACAACAGAGGAACUAUUGUAUCAUAAUGACUUGGUAGUUGACAUUGGCCUCAGAAGUUGCAUAAGGAACAUUAUGUAUGCAGAAAUAGAAAAUAGCAACUCAGCAAGAGAUGGAUCAGAUAGCUUGCCUGUGUGA